AUGAAACCGGUAAUGACACUCACGACCGAAAACCUCCUUAAUCUAGAACCACUCCAUACGCCGACUCUAACACCACCAAACUCGACAACCAGCAUAGCAUCAGAUCUGCUCACACCGAAAUCCGACACAUCUACCAAUUACAACAUACCCAUAACCAUUUCAACUCUUCCAAACGAACUUUUAGUCGCCAUAUUCUCAUUCAUUCACGAUGACGUUCGCGGAACCCAAUAUCUCAUCGCCGCCUCACAAGUCUGUCGACUGUGGCAUUCCAACAUACUCGCCAUCCUCUGGUCUCGAGUCGAAAUCAAACGUCAAAACAAGUGGGACUUGAUACGCAAAGGAUUGAUUACAAAGUACGGUCACUUUGUUGGCGAGAUAUCGUUCUAUUCCGUGCUGUUUGACGCACAAGACAAGCGACAAUUAAUCGACAAGUGCCAAAACUUGAAAGGACUGAGUCUGGUAAAGUGUCGAGGGUUGGAUGAAAAGUUUUUAGAAGAGUGGACAAAAGUUAACAGUAUGACACUGAGAACGUUUACCAUUUGGGGUCCAGGGGUAUACGAGUCGCUGGCAACUGAUGUUACCAAUUAUUUACUGCUACCCAUGCUGAAACACGCUAAUCGUCUGGAAGAACUUCACAUUGUCUGUUCGGCCAUAACCGAUGAAUUCCUUUCCGAUAUAGCAUUUCACACGACAACAUGGCCUCAUCUCGCUCUCCUCGAUCUGACCGAAUGUGGUAAAAUCACUGCUUCCGGUGUAGCUGAACUGUUUACAUGUCCUCAACAAUUUCCUAAAUUGUCUCGAUUACAGUUACAGUACAAUGAAGACAAUUACUUGGAUGUAGACUUUUUUGAAUUUCUGGCAGUUA